CUUUCGGGGCAGGGCGGGGCGCGCGAACACGCGUUCUGAGCACCAGCGGCCCGGACUGGGCCGGGCGGGAGGAAGCGCGCGGUCCGCCGCCAUCCCGGGAAGCGGCCUUCGCGUUCCGGCUCUCCGAAGAGACGAAACAGCCUGGUUUUGAAGAUUUGGCACACUGGAGAAGCGAGUGAUCCAUUUCACUACCGAGAUGCCAGCUUAUUUAUAGGACUCACCCAAAGCCAGCGUCAUGGUGGAUGUAGGAAAGUGGCCAAUCUUCACACUGCUCUCACCCCAGGAAACUGCAUCUGUCAGGAAAGCGUGUGUCUUUGGGACCUCGGCCAACGAGGCGAUCUAUGUCACUGACAAUGACGAGGUCUUCGUGUUUGGACUGAACUAUAGUAACUGUCUAGGAACUGGAGAUAACCAGAGCACUCUGGUGCCCAAGAAACUGGAAGCUUUGUGUGGAAAAAAGAUCAAAAGCCUUAGUUACGGGAAUGGCCCCCAUGUCCUCCUCAGCACUGAAGAUGGAGUCGUCUACGCCUGGGGCCACAAUGGAUACAGCCAGCUGGGGAAUGGGACCACCAACCAAGGCAUUGCUCCUGUCCAAGUCUGUACCAAUCUCUUGAUCAAGCAGGUGGUUGAGGUCGCUUGUGGUUCACAUCAUUCAAUGGCUUUAGCAGCUGAUGGAGAGCUGUUUGCAUGGGGCUAUAACAACUGUGGUCAGGUGGGAUCAGGAUCGACAGCAAACCAGCCAACUCCUCGGAAAGUUACAAACUGUUUACAUACCAAGAGAGUGGUCAGUAUUGCCUGUGGUCAGACCUCAUCCAUGGCUGUUCUGGACAGUGGUGAGGUGUAUGGCUGGGGCUACAAUGGCAAUGGACAGCUGGGCUUGGGAAACAAUGGCAACCAGUUGACCCCAGUGAGAGUGGCCGCUCUGCAGAGUGUGUGUGUGAACCAGAUUGUCUGCGGCUAUGCACAUACAUUAGCAUUAACUGAUGAGGGCUUGCUGUAUGCCUGGGGAGCUAACACAUAUGGGCAGCUGGGAAAUGGAAGUAAAAAUAACCUGCUAAGUCCGGCACAAAUCAUGGUGGAAAAAGAAAGGGUCGUAGAGAUUGCAGCCUGUCACUCCACUCACACAUCUGCUGCGAAGACCCAGGGCGGGCACGUGUACAUGUGGGGCCAGUGCCGGGGCCAGUCGGUGAUCCUCCCCCACCUCACCCACUUUUCCUGCACUGAUGACGUGUUCGCCUGCUUUGGCACCCCUGCUGUCUCAUGGCGCCUCCUGUCUGUGGAGCAUGAAGACUUUUUAACAGUUGCACAGUCACUGAAGAAAGAAUUUGAUAGUCCAGAAACUGCUGAUCUGAAGUUUCGAAUUGAUGGGAAAUAUAUUCAUGUCCAUAAAGCUGUUUUGAAAAUCAGGUGUGAGCACUUUCGGUCCAUGUUUCAGUCCUAUUGGAAUGAGGACAUGAAGGAGGUGAUCGAGAUAGACCAGUUUUCUUACCCAGUGUACCGUGCCUUUCUCCAGUACCUCUACACAGACACCGUGGAUCUGCCACCUCAGGAUGCCAUAGGCCUUCUGGACUUGGCGACGUCGUACUGUGAAAACAGACUGAAGAGGCUUUGUCAGCACAUCAUCAAGCGAGGAAUUACUGUGGAGAAUGCUUUUUCCUUGUUCUCUGCUGCAGUCAGAUAUGACGCAGAGGAUUUAGAAGAAUUCUGCUUUAAGUUUUGCAUCAAUCAUUUGACAGAAGUUACCCAGACUGCGGCGUUCUGGCAAAUGGAUGGCCCCCUGCUAAAGGAGUUCAUUGCUAAAGCCAGUAAAUGCGGAGCUUUUAAGAACUGAAGCCCAGCUGCUGGGCUAGGUGAGAGUGCACUGGGGCACUGUGAGGUGUGACUGCAGGUAAAAGCAACCCCACACCAGAGGCAGCACUCUGUAGGGAUACAUGACGGACAUUUGCUUCAUGAGCCUGUUUCUCACAACUCUUGUUUCUGGAGAUGUAUAUUUUAAAUGUAAUUUUCUAACAUUUGGCUGAACUAUGGGGAGGGAUGAAAAUUUAGUUGUUUUGGCUCUUUUAAUUUUGAUCAGAACUUGUGAACUUGGAUUAAGGAGGUUGGUAAAUAUCCUGGAGCCUUUGGCCACAAACCUUUCCACACUGCCUGUGAAGGACAGGUCCUGCCCGGUGGUCCCUGAGUGCUGUUCUCUGUCACCACCUUCCUGUGGGGACACCAGCACUGUGGGAGGCUCCUAAGGAAUACUCCUGAAUACUCAUCAAACCCACUUAAACAGGCAGGAACUAUUAGAUUUGCUCUGAUGCUCUGAAGAUGAAGGUGCCUAGGGCUGGAAAGAUGGCUCAGCAGGUAAAGGCUCUUAUCCUAAGCCUGGUGAGUUAGGCUCAGUCCCAAGGACCCACAUGGUGGUAAGAGAGAGCACAUUUAAUAAGGUGUCCUCUGACAGCUACACAGGUCCCAGCACUACAGACAUGAUCAUAAUAAAGACAAAUAAUAAAACAUAGAAGACUUGGGUUCUUAAAGAGAAACAGCUAGAAGUACCUGUGAGAAGCUGGAGAUAAAAGGAGCCUUGUGUGAGAAAGGAGAGUGGUUGAGAAAUUAGUCUCCACUGAUGACCCAGCAGUGCUCCAGUAGGGCUGCAUUCGAGACAGCACGGCACACUUCCACCUGUCCCUGUUGUCACUCAAAACACACUGCACAUCUGCUCCUUUCUGACAUGAUGUGGUGGUUAAAACCAUCCUUCUUACAGGACCCCAUAGAGUGUUCUCUUUUGUUGGGGGUGGGUGGGAUCUGGACCAAAUUCCAUCAAAACAUAAUUGGAGCCACCUUUCCAGUUUCAGUGUUUUUCUUUCUUUAAUUGUGUUAGGAAUACUUUUUGGUGUACUUUAGCCCUGAGAUAGGGUUCCCAAGUCACAGUUUUGUAAAGAGUUCAUUUUUUUAAGACUUUAUAUCAGGAUAGAGUGGUGAGUGAGGCUCCAGUGAUAGGAGUCGUUGACAGACAGAAUACAAACCUAGAAGUCAAAGACCGUUCUUGAUCAUGUGACAAGUGUUACCUGGGACAUUGGGAAAUGAGAACUGGCUUACUGGACACUGGAAAUGAGAGUUUUCCUGACUGGGGUAAAGAGUGGACAUUAAUUUAAUCUGCUGUAAAAGGCCGUCUGCAUAGCCACAGUCCUGUAGACUUAGGGUCUCAAAGCAGUAACUUCAGUAUGUUUACUGUUGCUCUUACUUGAAAAACCUCUCUAGAGAAAAGCACAAAUUACAGCUUCAAAUCCAUAUCUGUAGAUAGUUCACCUAAACAAAAAGCUGAGUUCCAGUUACAACUGAAGACACACUUUAAUCUUACUGAAUAGAGAGAGGGAGGGAAUGUGAGUGUGUGUGUGUGUUUAUGUGUGUGUGUGUGUGUGGUAGUGAAAGACAAGUCCUUUAAAAAGUGUUUUGAGUAUUUUUGUUAAUGCAAUCAUUUUAUUUUUCUACUUGGUUUUGUUUCUAAUCAUAGAGAACUAAACACUAUUCUUGGAAUUAAUGUUUUUCUUCUGUUGUAAUAAUGGAAGCCAGAGAAGUCACAUUUUUAAAAAUAGCCCAGACUGUAUUCUUGAACAUACUAGAACAAUAUUUGAUAUUUAGGAUACAGUCAUGUAAUGUUUUGAACGACAUACAAAUAAACAGUCUCGUAAGCGGGCA